CUCGCGGUCUGACUCGGGCAGUUGGCCACGCGACCGCAGCCUCUACACACCGCCGCGGAUAUCACGCUCCGCCAUGUGACCCGCGCUCCCGAUUCGCGAUCUUUUCCGACCCCGGAAAACUCCAUCCUCAAGAAAAAAACGCCCAAAUUCACCCCAAAAAUUUCAUAAAAACACCCCCCUAUACACCCCAACUUUCAAGUGGCUCGCGUCGAAUUCCCCGAUAAAACCGAAUAGUGAAGUACAAAGUGGUCGUUUCAGUGCGUUUUGGAAACCCCGAGAUUUUUCGGCGAUUCGCAGCUUGAAUUUUCGACGGGGUAAAUUAUAAUACAGGGUGUUCCGACGAGGAUUAUACGGGGUGUUCGCGAGUGCGAUGUCUUGAGUGCGUGUCGGAGUGACUUGUGUGCACCAUCGUGGAUUACGCACUGGAUUCAUCAUUUUCACCUCCGAUCAAAUCCAAAUUUGAUUAAAGACAUGAAAUGGGAUAAAUUCAAAAGUAAAACCGAAUUCCAACAAAGAUGCUAUUGGGGAAGGCAGCGCUCCUCAGCAUACUGAUAGCAGCCCUCACAGGAGCGACCGGAGAGCCAGCAUUCGGCGGGAGCCGAGCAGAGGAUGACGGAGCGGCCGGACGACCGACCGCCGCCGCGGAGCCGGAGCCGGCGGCGGCGCGCGCCACCCUCGACCGGCAUCGGGCGCCGGAGACGACGCCGACCCCGCCCGCCGCCACGCGCGCCCCCUUCCGCGGCAGCGCCAAGUUUGUAAAUAACAUAGCCACCACUAAUCAAGGUUACGAUUAUAAACCCGUUAGCUUAAGUAGUAGACAACCCUCGCGGCGCCCCAUGACGCCCGAGACCCCGAAACGGAAGACUCCCAGUCAGAGGACACUUAGUUUAAGUAGAACACAACCCGAGAAUGAUACGAGUCAGUCAUCCCCCGGAGAGCAGAGAGAACACAGGUCUUCAUCACUGGUUAGACCGUACGACACACGACCUGGGAGAACACAACCCGAGAAUGAUACGAGUCAGUCAUCCCCCGGAGAGCAGACAGAACACAGGUCUUCAUCACUGGUUAGACCGUACGACACGCGACCUGGGAGAACACAACCCGAGAAUGAUACGAGUCAGUCAUCCCCCGGAGAGCAAAGAGAACACAGGUCUUCAUCACUGGUUAGACCGUACGACACGCGACCUGGGAGAACACAACCCGAUACACAGAAUGAUCCGAGUCAGUCAUCCCCCGGAGAACAAAGAGAACACAGAUCAUCACUGGUUAGACCGUACGACACGCGACCUGGGAGAACACAACCCGAUACACAGAGUGAUACGAGUGCGUCAUCCCCAGGAGAGCAAAGAGAACACAGGUCUUCAUCUCCAGUGAGAGCGUACGACACGCAACCCGGGCGAUCAACCACAUCGCGUCCGGCCCGGACGAGAGGAACAACCGAAUCGAGAAAGGAAGAGGAGAGCACGACUAGGUAUUCAUCGAUACGCAGACCGUACGAUAGAGUCAUAGGUAAUAACGAACGACAGGUAGUACCCGACGAACCGGUGACGCAGUCGACCAAACAAAGAACGUAUGACAAAUCUAUAAGUUUAAACGAUAGGAGACCGAGUGAGACUCCGCCGGUUGAGACUUCAAACUCGGACUCCGACGGGGACUCGCUUCGGUUAAGUAGGGAAUCGACUCGGAAUUCCGAGAUGAUAGUGAGGACGAUCGACGACCCUGCAUCGCCGACGAUAUCGAAACAACAAAAACUCAGGAUUCUCGUCCGGUCGGACGCGAAGAAAUCGACGAAAAAGAACAAAUACAGUGAACUAGUCAGAGCACCGACGUCCGAGAGGGUCGACGGAGAGUCGAGUACGAGAGACACCUCUGAGGAACCCGAAGUCGGUGGGAGUACAGAAGCAACUGCAGUCGGAAGGUUGAACAAGUUGACAUUCUUCAGGAAUGGGGAAGAGAUAAAAGGAGAAGACCUGGCGAAGAAGCGCGUCACGAGGCUGCAGAAUCCAAGAGAUUCGAAUUCGGAGAAAGCUGUGGAGAGCUUGGAGCCGGCGAGCGCCAACGGAGGUAACGACAAGACCAACAGCUCGGCCGACGACGGAGACGAGGAUAAGAAGACGCUGUCGCAGCAAGUGGCGGACGGGAAGUACGGCUUAAUCCAUACGGAACUGUUCUCAGUCAAGCCGACUCGGCCAGGAAUCAUCAACUACGAGAUCAACCCCGAAGUGCCAAAAGACAAUGUAAAUAAUCUGGGGGGACUGAACGCCGAGGAGAUCUGGUUGGCCGAGAACCACUUGCUCGUACUGUCCGGAGGCGGGUUCAGCGAUCAGAAUUCCCGGACGAGGUGGACGCCGAUCGAUAAUUACCAAGCUCCGCGCCGGCAAGUCAAAAUCCCGGAAAGACCCAAAGUUCCUCCACCGUUUCCGGUCCAGCUCACGGACGAUGGACCGAUAGAGUUCCUGAAAGACGAGAACGGGACUGAACACAGGCCUCCUUUCUUCCCUCCCGAUUUCAAUCCUUUGGCUUUUCCUCCGCCGUUCCCUCCGAACGGUUCCUUCGACGGCGGCUUCCCUCCUCCAUUCCCAGUGCCACCUGGAUUCUUUCCGGGAAACAUAACGCCUGGAGCGUACCCUCCGUUUCCACCUCCUUAUCCCUUCCCGCCGAGCCUGCAAAAUGACUCGAGGCCCUUGCCUCUUCCACCAAGACUGCCGCCAAAAUUACCGUUCCUCCCGCCUCCGGGUAACGGAACAGAAUUCGACGAGGACGAUCCUGCUUUGUAUUAUCCGCCUCCUUAUGAUUUCUACUACCCCAAGGAUAAUCAUUCCAUAGUUCCUCCUGGUCCUCUGGUGCCGGGUAUCGUGCUACCGCCGCCUCCAGAUUUCUUCGCACCGCUGAACGAAAAGCCGAAGAACAAGACCAAAACGAAGAGCAAAGCCCGCCCACGACCGAGCAAUACGUAUCUGCCACCGCCUCCACUUAAGAAAGUUCCUCAGAUAUUCCGGACUACGACCUCGACCACAACUUCGACCAUCGCCACGACGACGGCAAAACCGAUUGUGCAUAAUGACGUUACGACGCCAGAGUAUUAUUACGUCCAAACAACGUCACCGAAGCCGAUAGCAGAUGAUAUAACCAAUGAAAUCACACAGACCACCGUUUCCAACCCCAAAUACAGCUUGCCCAUUGAGGAGAACGACUGGAUGCCUAUUCCUGCUCCUGUUCCUAGCUACAUUACCGGUCCUAAAAAACCGGUUAAGGCGGGCAUCGUCUACACAUUCACCCACACUACUCCCCCGGCAAACAAACCUAUUUUCCACGGCUAUACAUACGAAAAACCCAAAAUACCUUUCAAGACGCCCGAUUUAGAUUUGUACUACAAACCACAACAAAACACAAAAUACGACGACCAGCAAAGUUUUACUCCUUCGAACUUUUCUAAUCAAAUAAAUAAUGAACUCAACUUGGUUUACCCGGUGGAUAAUGACCCACCAAGAGAUCCCUCGUACGUCACCAGUACAGGAUCUCCUUCGCCGCUUUAUGACAGUCUACAAUUCAAACAUAACUUCAAAGACUAUUUCGGAGGCACACACUUGAAAGGCUCGAAAGGUUUCUUACAGUCAACGACCGACACUCCUUUCAAAUCCUACAGUACAACAUUACGCCCCUACGGAAAACCUAAGGCCUUGGAGGCUACAUACUAUUUCUACGAAGAGCCGAAAGAAUCUUCAGAUGAGUACACAGAUGGCAAACACACUCACACCAAAGCGACGAGGAAGCCACACCAUGCUUUUUACCCAACAUCUGGGAACGGGUUCCAUUCAAGUACACCCAGACCUAUUUAUCAUCACGCUCAGUCCGACUACAACAGUGUUACGAGUACUACCACACCCGCACCGGAGAAAUACUAUUACGUUGCUGAUCUUAGCGAUCCUGAGAAGUUUAAUAGUGAGGAGAAAUACAAGCCUAGCAUUUUCGACGAAACCCUUAAAAAACCACUUAAGUCUGAAGUAGGUUCAAGACCUAUAGUAGAGUUCAGCUACAGUGCUCCUUCUUAUUCAGGCGACAGUGGCGCCGGUCACCUGAGCGACUAUUUCAAUUCGAAACCAUUUUUCGACAGUCCAAAAUUCGUGGUCACUCCGAAACCGGACAACGUCGUAUACGUGCGCCCCGCGAGACCGACCCAGUCGCCGUUGGACGACUACUACAGUACGACUAAGCCGCCUCGCGUUUUCAAGAGCGCGAACCGAACAGUAACGACCCAACAGACACCCUGGUACGGUCUCACGAAAGAACAGAUAGCGACCGAAAAUCCUUACUACGCUUUCUUCACGCACCAGGACGAUGGUCUGAUCGACGACAUAACCAAAACGUACUUCACGAUUUUCGGCCAGAAGAUAAAAGCCACCCCUUCACCGGACAUAGACGCGCCGAGGAAGCAUCCCCGACCGCAUCAACCCAAGUCCGGAGCUCCGGCCCCAUCUUUGCUCUUCAACGGUGCUAUAUAUAGUUCGCCCAAGCCGAACUACAUAGAACUGCCAUAUCAACCGGUGUCCCAUCGCCCGGAGCACACGACUUCCAACUACGCGACGUCCUCGGAAGACUACGGGGAGAACUUCCCGAAUCGAUACACGACCACUCGUCCUCCUCAGAUCGCCUUCCCGACGUUCUCAUCCCCUCACGAGAACGUGCAAUUCACGACCCCUAAACCUUUCUACCACGGGUCUUACGGUUCUGGGAAUAAGCUGGUUCCUAUCCAGUAUUCGACUCCGCAACCGUCGGGCGACUCGAGUAACCACCACUUCAACCAGCGACCGAUAAAGAUCAGGCCCCCGGUGCUGUACAACGAUGAGCUCGUCAAUUACAAGAGGCCUUUGCCGCCGAUCAAUCCGGACGCGGAGUUCAUCGCUCCCCGUCCGUUCAGGAACAACAAAUUCAAAGGCCGACCGAGACUCCCCAGCGGGACGAGUCAGAUCAUUUCCUAUCGCUUGCCGGGCAACGGCGGGGGUCAUUUCUACUUCUUGACGCCGCAAGAGGUACGGAAUUUUGACCCGAUCGAGCCGCUUGCUGGAGAGAACGGAGAAACUGAAGACAAGGGCUACUUCAAGAGGGAGACUCAUCGAACACUGGAUGUGGAGCGAGGUGGGAAAGAAACGAAGGUUCAGCCGGUAGAAGUUAAAUAGAGUAAGGCGAAACCUAGCCAGAGAACUCAUGGUGGUGUUUGAGAAUCUGAAUAAUUUCAAGCAUUCGUGGGUCGAGUCAUCUGCCGAUGACUGUAAAA